CUGUUCCUAGGUCAGGUUGCAGGUGGGCCUGUACAUAGUCUACAUACUAGACUGGUUGACAGUCUACAGUAGAGAACAGAUUCUGGUCCUUCGGCUCGAAGACCACGCCUCCAACAGGAAGUACACAAUGCACCAAGUCUUUGACUUCCUCAACCUGGGUCUGUUGACGGAGCAGAAGGAGGCAGAGAUCACUAAAAGUCCCGCCUCCAACACACGGCGGCCAGCGGAUAAGAACCUCGGACCCAUGCUCCCCGUAACCAAGGAGAUACUGAGGGACUUCUACACUCCGUUCAACAAGAAACUGGCCAAGGUGCUCCGCAACGACUCCUUCAGAUGGGACAACCAUUCAGAACUCAUCUAAAGACUUGUUUUAAUGGGGAAGCCAUUCAGAACUCAUAUAAAGACUUGUUUUAAUGGGGAAGCCAUUCAGAACUCAUAUAAAGACUUGUUUUAAUGGGGAAGCCAUUCAGAACUCAUAUAAAGACUUGUUUUAAUGGGGAAGCCAUUCAGAACUCAUAUAAAGACUUGUUUUAAUGGGGAAGCCAUUCAGAACUCAUAUAAAGACUUGUUUUAAUGGGGAAGCCAUUCAGAACUCAUAUAAAGACUUGUUUUAAUGGGGAAGCCAUUCAGAACUCAUAUAAAGACUUGUUUUAAUGGGGAAGCCAUUCAGAACUCAUAUAAAGACUUGUUUUAAUGGGGAAGCCAUUCAGAACUCAUAUAAAGACUUGUUUUAAUGGGGAAGCCAUUCAGAACUCAUAUAAAGACUUGUUUUAAUGGGGAAGCCAUUCAGAACUCAUAUAAAGACUUGUUUUAAUGGGGAAGCCAUUCAGAACUCAUAUAAAGACUUGUUUUAAUGGGGAAGCCAUUCAGAACUCAUAUAAAGACUUGUUUUAAUGGGGAAGCCAUUCAGAACUCAU